AUGGGCUCCUCUACUACUCAACUCACCUCGAAGGUGACCUCGGGCUCCCCCUAUCAGCUUAGCAAGCCCCAGACCCUCAAAGCUUCCGGCGCGCUGCUGAAGCACAUCAAGACCACCCAGCAAGAACAAGAGAAGACUGCAACCAAGAAGACUCUGAUUGGCGACGACGAUUCCGAUGUCGAGGACAGCGCGACCAAGAGCGAGGCCAUUUGGCUCGUCCUCACUACCAAGCAGCAUGUGGUGGACAAGAACCGCCUGAAGCCCGGCAAGAUCAGCAUCCCUCACUCUCUCAACACAGCUCCAUCGCUCAGCAUCUGCCUGAUCACUGCCGAUCCCCAGCGUGGCGUCAAGGAUAUCAUUGCCGACCCGUCCUUCCCCCAGGGCCUUUCUUCCCGCAUCGAGAAAGUCAUUGGUUUCUCUAAGCUUAAGGCCCGCUACCAGAGCUUCGAGAGCCGUCGCCAACUGUUCUCAGAGCACGAUGUUUUCCUGGCCGAUGACCGUAUUGCUAUGCGCCUGGUUCAGACCCUCGGAAAGAUCUUCUACAAGUCGAGCAAGCGCCCAAUUCCCAUCCGUAUCGCUGAGAUCGAGAAGGUGGAUGGCAAGCGCGUCAAGAAGGACCCCAAGGUGCCCAACGCUCCUCCUUCCAAGGAAGAGAAGAGCGCGUCUUUCGCCUCUCCCCUAAUUGUCGCUAAGGAAAUCGAGCGUACCCUGAACUGCGCCUCCGUGCAGCUCGCGCCAUCCACUACCGCCUCCGUCCGGGUCGGCACAUCCAAGUUCACACCCGAGCAGCUGUCCGAUAAUAUCGUCGCCGUUGUUAACGGCCUGACCGAGAAGUUCGUCGCCAAGGGCUGGAGGAACAUCAAGGCUCUUCACAUCAAGGGUGCCAACACCAUGGCCCUGCCCAUCUGGCUGGCCGAUGAGUUGUGGGUGGAGGAUGCCAAUGUGCUGGAAGCUGCCCCCGAGACUGAAGCUAUCAAGGACUCCAAGAAGCGCAAGUCCGUUGGAGACGGCAAGCUGCUUGAGGAGAAGAAGACCAAGAAGACCAAGCCGGCAGAGGAUGAGGAGGAGGCUGCCUUAAUCGCUGCGCGGAAAGAGAAGCUGCAAAAGCUCAAGGCCCAGGCUCUCGAGGAUGGUAACACAAGCAAGCCCGCCCCAUCAAAGGCCGGCGGCAAGAAGAAGAAGUCUAGUUCAUGA